GCCACAAGUCACAUCAUAAAUAGGGCUGCAGGGCAGCGAGAGUCAGCAUUCAGUUGCAGAGACCGGUAUCGGAGCUGGUGCCAACGAGCAGUGGCAAGGAAUUCUCCUCAGAAGAGCGCUCGCAGCUCCCGCUUACUCCUUUACACGCUAUGGAUGUUCUGAAAAAGGGUUUUUCCUUCGCCAAAGAGGGAGUGGUGGCCGCGGCGGAGAAAACCAAGCAAGGCGUGCAAGAUGCAGCGGAGAGGACGAAAGAAGGGGUUAUGUAUGUAGGCACCAAAACAAAGGAAGGUGUUGUACAAAGUGUGAACACAGUGGCUGAGAAAACCAAGGAGCAAGCCAACAUGGUUGGAGGUGCAGUGGUAGCUGGAGUCAACACAGUGGCCAACAAGACGGUGGAAGGAGUGGAGAAUGUGGCAGCAGCCUCUGGGGUGGUGAAAUUGGAUGAACAUGGUAGAGAAAUCCCUGCAGAACAGACCUCCACGGAGCCCCUGGUGGAAGCUACAGAGGCAACUGAAGAGACCGGAAAGUGAGAAGCUACUGAUCUGUCAGAAGAUCCUGGGUGCACUCGCCCUCUUCCUCGAACUGUCACACCAGUGUUGCCACAAAGAAUCAAGGACCAGAGGGUCACCACUGUUGUAGCUGUUGAUAUAGUAGCAAAGCUGCUCUAAGUCCUUGCAUUUACAGUCACGCCAUCGCUCUCGUUCUGUAUGUCUCCCUCAGUGGCCAGUGUAACAGAGUCCCAUAAGUAAGGGAUUGCUGAUUGUUGCAUACAUUCUCCUUGUAGUCAUCUGUCACUCAUUGCUCAGCUUCAUGGACACACUCCCAAGCCUGCUUCUAUUCUCCUAAUUACACCAACUUUGCAACUUGUGGUAGUGUAAUGCAUGUUCUUCACUGGCUUGUGUGUGGCAUUUAACUGUUACAAACACUUGCUGAUUUUAUAAUAAAUAUCAAAAGUAAAAUAAACUUUAAUAGAGUAAGGAUCA